AUGGGAGUGAGGGUGGGGCUGGAGCGGCAGCUGGCGGGCGUUUCGCGUGGAGACACGACCUCCAGCGCCCGCAUCCCCCCUCACCUCCCGUUUUGUGUGGAGGGGGCGUUGAGCGUCGACGGCGGCCUGGCUCCAGGGUCGGCCUGGCUCCUCGUUCUCCGUGAGCAGAUCCACAGAUCCACAGAGCCACAGGCCUACAGACCCACCAGCCUGGAGCCGAGGGCGCCGGGACGCUUUAUUUGCUUCACCGGCUCUACACUACCCAUCAACCCACACUUCCAGUGGGCCGCCUCAACCCCAUCCCCGUCCGCCCCCCGGGGUUACACCCUCUCCAGCUCACCAGCCCGAUUCCACCCACCAACCGGCACCUCCACUGCGUGGCCCCAACCCCCUCCACCUCCCAUUCUACGCUGCCCUGACAUCACCCGCCUCCACUCUCCUCUCCCUCCCCCUAGCGCCCCCGAGAGCCCCAACGCCCUGCGCUGGACCAAAAACCUCCUCCCCUGCUCGGAGUUCCUCCGACCCCCCACGUCCGACACCCCUCUCGUGCACGGCUCCUAUGCUCUCUGCUUCUCCCGCGCCGCUGAACACCACCACCCCUCCCAGGCCUACGCUGCCCUCGCCCACUCUGCCGCCCCGCGCCCUCCCGCCCCCCCGAAGUGCCAACGUCCCCCCUGGCAGGUGUCCAGGGAGUGGCAGGUGUCCAGGGGGUGGCAGGUACGACUCGCCCCUCGACGCCUUCGCCAUUCUCUGCUCAAAUCCGCCCUCCGCCCCUCUCGACACUCCGGCAUCCUAGAUGGUCGCGCCGGGGACCAGGUGGUCGCUGUGGGCCGGGGCUGCCGUCCUUUUCGGACAGAUGGAUUGGUGGAUGGACAGACCCCAGGACAGCUGGACAGUCAGACCCCUGGCAGGCAGACCCCAGACCCGCCAAGACAGACGGACAGGCUGGCGGCCGCGGUGGAGGCGCUGGCGGGAGCCCGGGGCCCCGGGGACGCCGCGGGCGCCGUGGGGCGUGAGUUCGUGACGGCGUUCAUGCAGAACUACCAGUUGGGCUAUUCGGCGGCCAACCUGAGCCUGCGCAUCACUAGCCUGGAGGCGGCGGCCGACGUCUCGGUGUCCAGCCACGCGUCCGGCGACGAGUUCCGGGUGACCGUGGCCCCGGGCCAGACGGAGACGCUCGUCAUCCCGGCCUCGGCCGAGGUGACCGGCAGCGACGUGUCCGAGCGGGCGGUGGUCAUCCGGGCCAGCCAGGACGUGGCGGUGCUGGCGGUCAACGCCAAGCCCAACACGGCCGAGGCCACGCAGGUGUUCCCGCUGGCGGCGCUGGGCACGGAGUACUUGGUGCUGACGCCGCCCGGGAGCUCGGCCAAGCACUUCCGCCAGUUCGCCGUGGUGGCCGGGCCCGCGGGCGCCUCGGUGGCCGUGCAGCUGACGGGGUCGGCCACGUUCCGGGGCACCUUCCAGCCGGCGGGCAGCCGCCUGGCCGUGGCUCUGGGCCCCUACGGCGUGGCCCAGGUGCAGAGCACGGCCGACCUGUCGGGCUCCCGCGUGACGGCGAACCACCCCGUGGCCGUCCUGUCCGGCAACACGUGCGUGCAGAAGCACACGAGCUGCAACCACGUGACGGAGCAGCUGCUGCCCACGGCCUCCUGGGGCACCACGUUCGUGGUGCCGCCCGCCUCCUUCCAGGCCCGCUACGACCUGGCCUACGUGGUGGCGGCGGCGCCGACCACCGAGCUGCGGUUCGUGCACGGCGGCUCUGCGGGCUCGCAGGUCCUGCAGGCCGGCCAGGUGGUGGCCUUCGAGGUGCGGCUCGCGCGGCCGCUGCUGCUGCGGGCCAGCGCCGGCAUCCAGGUGCUGCUCUUCGGGGCCGGCGGCGCCAAGGGAACGCUCACCUACGACCCCUACCUUGCCCUGGUCCCGCCGGUGACCAGCUACUGCUCGGCUUACGUGGCGGCCGGCCUGCCCGGCGUCCAGAACCUGGCCGUGCUGGUGGCCCCCUCGGCCGACGUGGCCGGCGUCACCUUGGACGGGGAGACCCUGGGACCCAGGAGCCCGUGGACCACCGUGCUCGGGAGCGACUACUCCUACGCCGAAGUCGAGCUCGGGACAGCCGGCCGGAACCACGCUCUGCGGAUCGCGCAGGGAACCUUCGGCCUGCUCACCAUCGGCCUGGCCCAGGCGAUGGGAUUCGGGACGGGAGCUGCUUGUGGCGAGGGGAGAGUUCGGACCCACGGGAUCGCCUGCCACACUCGCUUCCCCGCCCCUCUCCCCGCGCCCCCACCAGCUUCUCCCCCGAUGACCUCCGAGGUCCGGUGCAACCCCCAGUGUCGGCCGCAAGAGCACUGCGAGCUGGUGAGCGGUAAACCCUCGUGCGUGGCUGAUUCCAGCGCCACGUGUCGGGCGGAGGGCGACCCGCACUACUCGACCUUUGACGGCUUGGCAUUCGACUUCAUGGGGACCUGCACCUACACCCUGGCCGAGAUGUGCGGGGAUGACGAGUCUCUCCCGGCCUUCAGCGUGGAGGCCAAGAACGACCACCGCGGGGACAAGCGCGUGUCCUACGUGAACCUCGUCACCGUCCGCGCCUACAGCCAGAGCGUCUCCUUGGCCCGCGGGGAGUACGGCUUCGCCCGCAUCAACAACCAGCGCUCGCUGCUGCCCGUUUCGCUGCACGACGGACGCCUGCGCGUGUUUCAGAGCGGGACCCGCGGCGUGGUGGAGGCCGACUUCGGCCUGCGGGUCACUUUCGACUGGGAUCACCGGCUGAGCAUCACGCUGCCCAGCAGCUUCUGGGCCCAGGUGUGCGGCCUGUGCGGGAACUACAACGGGAACUCGAGCGACGACAUGGCCACUCCCGACGGCGCGCCGGCCGCCAACCCGGUGGAGUUCGGGCGCAGCUGGAAGUUAGCCGACGGGGACCGUUUCUGUUGGGACGAGUGCCCCGGCGGGGCCCCGACCUGCUCGGCCGGCCAGGUCCAGCACUACAGCGGCCCCCGGCUCUGCGGCCUGCUCAAGCUGCCCGACGGGCCCUUCGGCCAGUGCCACGCCGUCCUGGCCCCCGACCGCUUCCUGGACAACUGCGUCUACGACUUGUGCGUGAGCGAGGGGGACAGGCCCGUGCUGUGCCAGAGCCUGGCGGCCUACGCGGAGGCCUGCCGCGACGCCGGAGCCCCCGUCAGCGACUGGAGGACCCCGGCGGGGUGUCCGCUCUCCUGCCCGGCCAACAGCCGUUACGAGGCGUGCGGCAGCGCCUGCCCCGCCACGUGCAGCGACCAGACGGCGCCGGCCGCCAACUGCUCGCUGCCCUGCGUAGAGACGUGCCGGUGCCUGGCGGGGUUCGUACUGAGCGGCGGCCGGUGCGUGGCCCGCUCCGACUGCGGCUGCGUGCACCAGGGCCGCCCGCUGGCCCCCGGCGAACAGUUCUGGGGCGACGACCGGUGCCAGCAACGCUGCCAGUGCGACGGGAAGACGGGCCAGGUGUCGUGCCAGGCCCAGGGCUGCCUGCAAGGGGAGCGCUGCACCGUGCAGAACGGGCUCCGCGGCUGCUACCCCAUCCGAUUCGGCUCCUGCUCGGCCUCCGGGGACCCGCACUACGUCAGCUUCGACGGCCGCAAGUUCGACUUCAUGGGCACCUGCGUGUAUCUGUUCGCCGGCCUGUGCCAGUCCAGCCCCGGCCUGCGGGACUUCCAGGUGCUCGUGGAGAACGAGCAUCGCGGGAGCCAGACGGUGUCCUACACCCGGGCCGUGCGGGUCAAGGUCUACGGCCACGAGAUCGCCGUCCGCAGGGAACAUCCCGGCAGGGUCCUGGUGGACGGCCUCCUGCAGUACCCACCCCACCAGACGGCGGACGGCCGCGUGGACAUUUUCCGCCAGGGCGAGGAUGCCGUGAUCCGGACCGACUUCGGACUGACGGUCACGUACAACUGGAACGCGCGGGUCACCGUCCGCGCUCCCAGCAGCUACGAGGGGGCCCUGUGCGGGCUGUGCGGGAACUACAACGGCGACCCGCAAGACGACCUGACCCUGCGCGGGGGGGGCCCCGCCCCCAACCCCACGGCCUUCGGGAAGAGCUGGCGGGAGGAGACGGUGGUGGGCUGCAGCGAGACGACCCCUGGCCCGUGCCCGGACCUGAGCACCCUGAUGGGUCAGCAGCAGCAGAGCGGGAAGCAGUGCGGCGUCCUGGUGAACGCGAAUGGGCCGUUCCGCGGCUGCCACGGCAAAGUGGACCCGCAGGGUGUCUUCCAGGACUGCGUCUAUGAUACCUGCCUGCUGCCCGGCCGGCCGGGGGUGGUCUGCGAAGCCGUGGCCGCCUACGUGGCCGCCUGCCACGCCGCCGGGGCCACCGUCACAGCUUGGCGCUCUGACACCUUCUGCCCUCUGUCCUGCCCCGCCAACAGCCACUACGAGCUAUGUGCCCGCGGCUGCCCGACCAGCUGCGGCACCCAGCUGGUGCCCGGGGGCUGCGGCUCCCAGUGCCAGGAAGGCUGCGCCUGCGACGACGGCUACCUGCUGAGCGGCGAGACGUGCGUGCGGCCGGCCCAGUGCGGCUGCUCGCUGCAGGGCUCCUACUACCCGCCCGGCACCUCGCUGGUGACCGGCCCGGACUGUGCCCAGCGGUGCUCCUGCGCCGCCGGGGGACAGCUGACCUGCUCCCCGGCCUCCUGCGGCCCCCACGAGAAGUGCGGCCUCUCCGGCGGGGCCUGGGGCUGCGUCGUGGUGGGCUCGGCCACUUGCUCGGCCUCGGGCGACCCUCACUACACCAGCUUCGACGGGCGGCGCUUCGAUUUCAUGGGGGAUUGCACCUACGUGCUGGCCCGCAGCUGCGGCGAGCGGCCCGGCCUGCAGUCAUUCGCCGUCUUCGUGCAGAACGUCAAGUGGGGCAACGGGAAGGUCAGCGUUACGCGGCUGGUGGCCCUGCAGACAGCCGGAGUCCGGCUCGUCCUGGAGCAGAACCAGGGAGGAGUGGUCAAGGUGGACGGCGUCUCCCUGAAACUCCCCGUGUCGGUGGCUGGCGGGAGAGUCCAGGCGGCUCAGCAAGGCGCCGACGUGGUCAUCAAGACGGACUUUGGACUACGUGUGACCUACGACCUCGUCUACUACGUCCGGGUCGAGGUCCCCGGGAACUACCACGGGCAGGUCUGCGGCCUCUGCGGCGACUACAACGGGGUGGCGGCCGACGACUUCCGGCUGCCUGACGGCCAGACGGUCAGCGACCCCACGACCUUCGGGGCCUCCUGGGAGGUGCCGGUGGCCGGGUCCUCUUGCACCUCAACCUGCCCGGGGGGCAGCCCCUGCCCGCCGGAGACCUGCCCUCCUGCCCUGGAGGACACCUACAAGCAGAACCGCUACUGCGGGCUGCUGACCAACCAGCAAGGUCCCCUGGCGCCCUGCCACGCGGUGGUCAACCCCGAAGGCUACUUUAAGGACUGCGUGUUUGACCUAUGCCUGGGCGGCGGGAACGAGAGCAUCUUGUGCGACAGCGUCCACGCCUACGUGUCCGCCUGCCAGGCCGCCGGCGUAACCGUCGGCCCGUGGCGCAAUGACAAGUUCUGCCCCAUGCGCUGCCCCGCCAACAGCCACUACGAGCUCUGCGCCGAUUCCUGCUCCACUACCUGCGCCGCCCUGGACCAGCCCCCGAACUGCCCCGACUUCUGCUCCGAAGGCUGCCAAUGUGACCCCGGCUUCCUGGCGGCCGGGGCCACCUGCAUCCCGCUGCAGGAUUGCGGAUGCUUCGAGGACGGGAGAUACUACGAGCCCAACGAGGACGUCCUGGUGAACAACUGCCAGGAUAUGUGCACCUGUCACCCGGGUCAGGGCCUCGCCUGCCGCCCUCACAGCUGCCCCAGUGACCACGUCUGCCAGGCCAUCAAUGGCACCUUAACUUGCACCUCCCGAGACCCCUGCCGGGACGUGACCUGCCGGGACAAGGAGACCUGCCAGGGCGGGGUGUGCGUCCCGGACUACAGCGCCACCUGCUGGCUGUGGGGCGACCCGCACUACCACUCCUUCGACGGCCGCGCCUUCGACUUCCAAGGCACCUGCAGCUACCUGCUGGCCGCCCCGUGCGGGCCCGGGGCCGCGGGGCUCCCGGCUUUCGCCGUCACCACGAAGAACGAGAACCGGGGACACCCCUCGGUGUCCUACGUCCGCUCCGUCACCGUUUCCGUCUACGGCCUCAACGUCUCCGUGCACAAGGGGGAAUUGGGCGCAGCGCGGGUGAACGGGGUGCGGACCACCCUGCCGGUGACCCUGGCUGGAGGCCAGCUGACCGUGAAGCAGGGCCCAGGCAAGGCUGUGCUGAACACGGCCUUCGGGCUGAGCGUGACCUACGACUGGAACUGGAAAGUGGAGGUGACCCUGCCCAGCAGCUACCACGACGCCGUGUGCGGGCUGUGCGGCAACUUCGACGGGGACCAGGUCAACGACAUGGCUUACCCCAACGGGACGCUGGCCACCUCCAUCCCCAGCUGGGGCGGGAGCUGGCGAGUGCCCGACCGAGACCCCUUCUGCUGGGACGAGUGCCAGGGGCACUGCCCCACCUGCUCGGACGACGAGAAGCAGAAGUACGAGGACCCCAGAUACUGCGGGGUCCUGACGGCCAGCCCCGACGGCCCCUUCGCGGCCUGCCACGGCGUCGUGAGCCCCGACAGCUUCUUCGACGGCUGCAUCUACGACGUGUGCCUGGGCGGCGGCGCUCAGGACAUCUUGUGCCAGGCGCUGGCGGCCUACGCGGCCGCUUGCCAGCAGAAAGGCGUCUCCCUCGGCGACUGGCGGCCUGGCGCCGGCUGUGCUCUGCCCUGUCCGGAGAACAGCCACUACGAGCUGUGCGGCUCCUCGUGCCCCUCCAGCUGCUCCGACCGGACCCCGCCGUCCCCUUGCCCGGAGCCCUGCGCCGAGGGCUGCCAGUGCGACGCGGGGCACGUGCUGAGCGGGGCGGCCUGCCUGCCCCUGGGCAGCUGCGGCUGCUCGGCCAACGGCACCUACUACCCGCCGGGCGCCGAGUUCUGGGCCGACGCGUCGUGCCGGACCCGCUGCCGCUGCGACCCGGAGCGCGCCGAGCUGCUGUGCGGCGCCGCCUCCUGCGGGCCCGGCGAGGUCUGCUCCGUGCAGGACGGGGGCCUGGGCUGCCACCCGGCCGCCCUCGCCGUCUGCCAGGCUUACGGAGACCCGCACUACGUGACCUUCGACGGCCGCCGCUACGACUUCCAGGGCGGCUGCGACUACCUGCUGAGCGGCCUGUGCCGCCCCCGCCCGGGCCUGGAGCCCUUCCGGGUGGUGGUGGCCAACAGGCACCGCGCCAGCCGGGCCGUCACUUACACCCGCACCGCCACGCUCCACGUCUACAACCGCAGCUUCGCGCUCAGCCAGGAGUUUCCGCGCAGGAUGCAGGUGGAUGGCGUGUUUGUAGACCUGCCCUUCCAGCUCGGCGGGCAGCUCCAGGCCUACAUCAGCGGGCAGGACGUGGUCGUGGCCACAGCCUUCGGGCUGCAGGUGACCUUCGACGGGGACAGCCUGGUCCGGGUGUCCGCGCCCAGCUCCUACUCAGACUCGCUCUGCGGCUUGUGCUCCAACUACAACGGGGACCCCGCGGACGACCUGACGCUGCCCAACGGGACGCCCACCCUCGACCCCUCCGACUUCGGAAACAGCUGGCAGGUGGACGGGGGCCCCGAGUGCGCAUCCUCCUGCCCCGGCGGCUGUCCGGUCUGCAGCAAGGAGGAGCAGGACAAGUACCGCGGGCCCGAGGCCUGCGGGGUCAUCUCCCAGCCGGACGGACCCCUGCGCGCCUGUCACGGCCUGGUGGACCCCAGCCCCUUCUUCGCCUCCUGCCUCCUGGACGCUUGCGAAGCCCAAGGCCACCCCGGUGCUCUGUGUUCGGCCGUGGCCGCCUACGUGACCGCCUGCCAAGCUGCGGGGGCCGAGCUGGAAGAGUGGAGACGGCCGGACUUCUGCCCCGCCAGCUGCCCCCCCAACAGCCACUACGAGCUCUGCAGCGACUCGUGCCCUGCCACCUGUGCGGACCUCUCCGGGCCGGCCGGAUGCCAGCCCAGCUGCCGGGAAGGCUGCGCCUGUGAUUCGGGCUUCGUGCUGAGCGGCACCGUGUGCGUCCCCCUGGCCCAGUGCGGCUGCGUCCACCUCGGCCGCUACUACCCCCUGGGCCAGGCCUUCUACCCGGGCUCCGGCUGCGAGCAGCGCUGCGAGUGCUUGCCGAACGGCGUGGUCAGCUGCCAGGAGGGUCCGGGCUGCGGGCCGCACGAGGAGUGCCGAGUGGAGGCCGGCGUCCCGGGCUGCCACCCCAAGGGCUGUGGCCGCUGUGUGGCCUCCGGCGGGGCCCACUUCAUCACCUACGACGGCCGCGUCUUCGACUUCCACGGCUCCUGCUCCUACGUCCUGAGCCAGCUGUGCCCGACGGCGCAAGGCCAACAGGACUUUUCCGUCAUCCUGGAGAAGGACGCAGCUGGAGCCACUGCCCGCCUGCUCGUCACGGUCGCCGGCCACUAUGUGGUCCUGGGCAAGGGCCAGCAGGCCUCUGUGGACGGGGAAGCGGUGUCCCUGCCCUUGGACGGAGCCGGCUUGCGGCUGACGGCCGAGGGCCGGAACGUGUUGCUGCAGACGAGCAUGGGGCUGCGCCUCCUCUACGACGGAGACGCGCUGGCGCUGCUGUUCGUGCCCAGCACCUACUGGGGCCAGCUCUGCGGCCUCUGCGGCAACUUCAACGGCAACUGGAGCGACGACUUUCGGCUGCCCGGGGGCGCGGUCACCACCAGCGUGCAGGACUUCGGCGCCUCGUGGAAGGCGCCCGGGUCCGGCGCCCAGUGCGUGCACGGCUGCGGGCAGGGGGGCUGCAGGGUCUGCAGCGCGGCCGAGACGGCGCCCUUCGAGGUCCCCACGGCCUGCGGGAUGCUGCGGGACCUGCAGGGCCCCUUCCGCGACUGCCACGGCCGGGUCAAUCCGUCCGAGUACUUCCGCCAGUGCGUGUACGACCUGUGCCAGACGCGCGGCUCUGCGGCCGCCCUGUGCCGCAGCCUGCAGACAUACACGGUGGUGUGCCAGACCGUCGGGGCGUCCGUCCAGCCCUGGAGGAGACCCGACUUGUGCCCCCUGAGCUGCCCCUCCAACGGCCGCUACUCCGCGUGCAUGCGCUCGUGCGAGGGCUCGUGCGCGGCCCUGUGGACCCCCGGCUUCUGCUCCCCGCGCUGCUUCGAGGGCUGCCAGUGCGAGGACGGAUUCCUGCUGUCCCACGGCGCCUGCGUCCCCGUCCGGGACUGCGGCUGCCUCCACCGAGGGCGCUACCUCCCGGUGAACGGGAGCCUCCUGUCCUCCGACUGCUCGGAGCGCUGCGACUGCACGCGCGGGUCCGGGCUGCGCUGUGCGGCGGCGGGCUGCGGGCCCGACCAGGUCUGCGAGCUGCACGACGGCUCCCGGACCUGCCGGCCCUCACGGGGGCUCUGCUCUCUCGCCGCCGGGAACAAAUUCACCUCCUUCGACGGGGCCCAGGGCCCCGUCGUCCGCUCGGGCAACUUUGAGCUGUCGGUCCCCUGCCGGCGCGGCCACGAGCCCUGGUUCCGCGUGGUGGUCGGGCUCCGGCACAGUCCCGCCGCCGUGACCGUGGGCAGCAUCUUCUUCCGCGACGGGGUGGUCACCGUGACCCAGCAGUCCGGCGUCUGGGUGAACGGACGGUCCGUUUCCCUCCCGGCCCGGGCGUUGGCCGGCGUGUGGGUCGGCCGCGCUCCGGACGGGUCCUUGGUGGUGCAGCAGGAGGCCGGGGUCCGCGUGCGCCUGCAGCCCAACGGGGAGCUGGACGUGACGGCCCCCGAUGCCUUGGCCGGCGCCAUGUGCGGCCCGUGCGGGAACUUCGACGGCGACGAGACCGACGACCUGCGGGAGACCCGGGACAAGAAAGCGGGCAACAUGCAGGAGGUGAUGGACAGCUGGAGGGCGGAGGACUUCUUAACCUGCCACGCCUGAGACCCCACACCUCCGGCUCCCUCUCCCCUUCCCCCCAGUAACCAGGCCGAGGAGGAUCACAGAGAAGACCUAGGCCGGUAGUGGCUGCCAGAAAAGACCAAUAAAAAUCUUC